CAUGCUCACACCAGGAAACACGCUCUCACAGAGACACGCUCGCUCACACAGAGUUUGAACCGUAGUCAUGAAGGUGUUUGUGGUACUUGCAGUUACAGUUCUCACUGGUUGUCAUGCCAACCUUCUUUGGGCAGACCAGCCCAAGCCACAGCUGGACCUGGUGAAGGAUGCAUUCUGGGACUAUGUCGCCGAGGCAACACGCACUGCCAAGGACACUCUUCAGACCAUCCGGCAGUCCGAGCUGGGCCAGGAAGUCAGCGCCAAGAUCACAGAGAGUGCGGAUGUGGCCGGCCAAUACGUCGCCUCCCUCCGCAAGCAGGUGGCCCCUCAGGCUCAGGACCUGCUGGCCAAACUUUCCCAGGAGGCCGAGCAGCUCAAGAUGCGCCUGGAGAAAGACCUGAACGACGUGAGGGUCCAGAUGGAGCCCUACGCGGAGGAGCUGAGGACCGACAUUCAGCAGCAGGUGGAGGAGAUGAAGAAGGAAGUGGCCCCUUAUGUGGAGUCCCUGGACCCCGAGACCCUGAAGGCCACCCUGCUCCAGAAGAGUGAGGAGCUGAAAGGGAGCCUGGAGCGGAGUGUGAAGGAGCUGCAGUCCCAGCUGGGCCCCAACACUCAGGAGCUGAAGGAGAAGCUGGACCAGCACCUGCAGGAGUUCCAGAAGAGCGUGGUUCCCCUGGCCCAGAGCUUCCAGACCCAGCUAGCCCAGACAACCAAAGAGCUUCAGCAGAGCCUGACCCCCUACAGUGAGAACCUGAAAGAGAAGCUGGACCCCUAUGGCCAGGACCUGAAGGCCCAGCUUACCGCCCUCUGGGAAUCCUUCACCAAAACCAGCUAGAGAUUGAACAGCGAAAUAUUCCCCAACAGAAUCCACAAAAAUGCCUAUCCCUCCAUUCAGUCUUAGAGCUGCACAGAGUAAUUGAUUCUCUUAAUUUAAGCUCAUAGCAGAACAGAAUAAAACUUAUUCCCAGGCAUAUAAUUGACUGGAGCACCAAUAAGUAUAACCCAGCCAUGAGAAAAUCCAUUUUCUUUUUUUGCACUGUGAGCUAAGAGAAUGCUCAAACGAUACUUGAUUUUGCACAAUAUGGCAGUAUAUAUUUAUUUGUGUCUUUGUUUACUGUAAUAUUUGAUUCAUGUUUGUGGGGUCAGUUUCCCCAUUCUGUUCAAAUAAAUGCAAUUAUUUUAAAA